UUUGACCUUCUUGCAGGUGAGAAAGGAAUUGGCAAAACAACUGGAAAGAAGCUGUGUUACAAGGGCACUACCUUCCACCGUGUGGUGAAGAACUUCAUGAUUCAGGGUGGGGACUUCAGCGAAGGUAAUGGAAAAGGAGGGGAAUCUAUUUAUGGUGGCUAUUUUAAAGAUGAAAACUUUAUUCUCAAACAUGACAGAGCGUUCCUUUUGUCAAUGGCAAACCGAGGGAAACAUACCAAUGGUUCCCAAUUUUUCAUAACAACAAAACCUGCUCCUCAUCUCGACGGCGUACACGUUGUCUUUGGACUGGUUAUUUCUGGGUUUGAAGUAAUAGAACAAAUAGAAAAUCUGAAAACUGAUACAGCAAGUAGGCCCUAUGCAGAUGUACGAGUCAUUGACUGUGGGGUGCUUGUUACAAAGUCAGCCAAAGAUGCUUUGGAGAAGAGGAAGAAAGUAUGUUCAGAGUCAGAAGCUUCAGACUCCUCCUCCAGUGCAUCGAGCUCGUCAGAAACUUCAUCCGACAGUGAAGCUGAAAAUGAGAGAAGCAGAAGAAGGAAACGUAAAAGAAGAGCUAAAACCAAACAGUCCAGGAAACGAAGGAAGGAGGAGAGGAAGAAAGAGGAUCCAAGGGGCAAGCGACCCUCAAACCAAAGACGCCUUUCUGACAGGAGUGACCUAACAGAGAGAGCAGUGGAUGUUAGCACAAAGAGGGACAAACCUGUGGUACGUCCUGAAGAAAUCCCCCCAGUGCCUGAAAAUAGAUUUUUGCUGCGAAGAGAUGUGCCUGUUGUCAGUGUAGAGCCUGAACCGAAGCUGCUUGAUGCUGCACCAGUUCUGACUGACCAGAAACCAUCAGUCUCUAAAUCUGGACGAAAAAUUAGAGGAAGAGGCACAAUACGAUACCACACCCCGCCUCGCUCUCGCUCCUGCUCGGAGUCUGAUGAUGAUGAGAGCAGUGAGACCCCUCCUCACUGGAAAGAGGAGAUGCAGAGACUGCGGACCUACAGAGCACCGAGUGGGGAGAAGUGGAGUAAAGGAGAUAAGCUGAGUGACCCAUGUACCAGCAGGUGGGAUGAAAGUGCAUCUAGGAGAUCAAGGUCUUGGUCCCAUAAUGGCUAUUCUGAUCUAAGUACUGUAAGGUAUUCCAGCCAUCACAAGAAGCACAGAAAGGAGAAAAAGAAGGUGAAACAUAAAAAGAAAUCUAAAAAGCAGAAGCAUUUCAAGAAGCACAAACAGACAAAGAAAAAGAAAACAGCUUCAUCGGAUGUAGAAUCUUCUCGCUCCUUCCUGAGGAGGACAAAAGCAUCUUGUGAUCGUGAGAGGAAAUCUCGUUCUUCUUCAUUGUCUUCCAGACAUUCAUCCAGAAGAGACUGGUCUAAAUCUGAUAAGGAAGACCAGAGCUCAUCAACUUUAUCAAGCAGAGGGACUCGAUCCUACUACAGGUCCAGAUCCAGGUCCAGAUCUCGGUCUAAAUCAAGAUCGUAUUCCCAAAGAAGUUCUAGGUCAAGGUCAGCCUCUAAAUCAUCACGUUCCCGAAGCAGGUCAAGGUCAAGCUCCAACUCUAGGCAUCAGAAGACAGUUUCCAAUUCUCCACGAAAUAUUUCAACACGUUUAAACGAGAACACUCUGACCAAAGCUGCUGAGCCUGUCAGAGCAGUUCUGCUCCCCAGCGACAAGGUGGUCAUCCCACCCGUCGUCCCCGAGAGCCUCCCUGUGAUACCCUUAAGUGAUAGCCCACCUCCUUCAAGGUGGAAACCCGGGCAGAAGCCUUGGAAGCCAUCUUAUGAGCGAAUUCAGGAGAUGAAAGCUAAGACAACCCACCUCUUACCCACGCAGGCUAAUUACAACUUGGUGGUGGUCAAAGAGGCAGCUGCUGCUUCCUCCUGUCGUAAGCGCCAGCGGAGCUCGGAUAGCGACCGCAGUGCUGCUUCCAAGUAUCGCAGUGACAGGAGCUCAGACAGUUGGCCCAGAUCAAGAAGCAGAUCCUCUCGAAGUAGGUCCUACUCAAGAUCUUACACGAGAUCCAGAAGCCCCUCCAGCUCUAGGACAAAAUCUCACUCUUCUGGCAGGUCCCCGUCGCAGGGUAAAUACCGCAGCGAUGGGUCGGGUUAUAGCGAGUCCACGUCCUACUACUCCCUUAGUGAUGAUGAAAGGCACAGAAACAAAAGGAAGUGUGCAUCAGGAGACCAAAAAGCUCGGUCUCUGAAGCUGAGGCAAGAGACCAGCUCUGAAAGCACUCUCCCUUAUAAGUGUGCAAAAGACUACGACGAGUCUUCCCAAGGGUUGAAAGAGAGUGACAGUUUAUCAACCUCAGACUUCUCGACAGACAGCGAGCGUUCUGCCAAAACAAAAGUGGCCCAAGAAAAAGAAGGCCACUUCCAAUUAGGAGAUCAUCAGAAACCAGAUAAAGGCAGUCUCAGCUCUGAGCGAGGGGAGGAGAAAUCCAAGCGUGGGCGGGAUGCCGACCCCGCGAAAAAGAAAGUGGCUAAGGAGAAAUCUGAGCAGCCCAGAGGUGGUGCCAAAACGAAACGAAAAUCCUAUUCGGGUAGUAAGUGGGACUCUGAAUCCAAUUCUGAAAGAGGAGAGGCAAGGCAGAACAGGGGAGAGUCCAGGGUCUCCUCUGGUAAAGAAGAAGGAGAGGCCACGUCGGGAUCUGAUACGGAGCAUAGCGUGGAUAAAAGGCUAAAAAAACAAUCAAAUUCUUCAGAAGGCUUCCUGGAUUCUGAUUGUACCUACAGGACGAACAAGCAGCUGUCAUCUUCUGAAUCUGAGAGCUCUUGUGCCAGCUCAACAAAAGGAAAGUCAAAAAAACACAAACACGCGUCCAAAAAAACCCUGAAAAAAUCCCAUUCCAAAAAAGUGAAAGAAAAGUCAAAGGGGAAAAAGGAGAAGAAACACAAAGUUCAGAAAAGAAAAGAAACGUUUCACUGGCAACCCCCCUUGGAAUUUGGGGAGGAGGAGGAGGAUGAGUUAAAUGAAAAGCUGGUUACCAAGGAUGAUAAAAAAGAAAAGCAGCUUACCAGGGACAUAAAGGAUAAAAACCAAAUUAAUGACAAGGAUGAAACAGGGGAGGAUAAAAUGGGAAAUGGGGAAAAGUCUCAUGUGGAUGAAAACCUUUUAGGUAAGAACACCACACGUGAUGCCUCACCAGGUCACAGUAACCUCAGUAAAGAGAGUGUUGAAAGCAGUGCUACAACCAGUAUCUCAACCUCAGGAAUGAAAGUGGCUGCUUGCAAGAAGGAUUUUAACCAAGCUGAAGAAAGCAACGAGAAUGGGCUGGAAGAUGUUAUCCAGACAGAUGACAACAUGGAGAUCUGCACUCCAGAGCGUAACUCACCAGGCAAGGUUGAGGUGGAUGUUUUGUCUCCUGUCAUGCUUGCUGCUAAACCUCAGGCUUUAAGUGCUGGUGCAAGCAAAGAUUUACAGGCUGAAACCCCUGAACAAGACGUUGUCAAAGUAGGAAGCAACAUUAUAGACUUUAUUAAUAUUAAAGAAGAAAAAGAAACAGGGAGGCAAGAAAAUAUCUCUGUCCCUGCAUCCAGUGCUAAAGACUGCAGUGUAAAAAGUGAAGUGGCAGAAAAUCCACAGAGCAAUGUGGUGGAUAAUAAAUGGAAACCUCUGCAAGGUGUUGGGAACUUACAGCCAGCAACCCUCAGUGCUGCCACAGAGGUUAAGAACACAGCUUCAGCACCAGAGCCUAAACCAGCAGGCUUAAGAAUUGAAAUAAAAGCUAAAAAUAAAGUGAGGCCUGGCUCUCUGUUUGAUGAGGUCAGGAAAACAGCACGGCUCAAUCGAAGGCCGAGGAACCAAGAGAGUUCCAGUGAGGAAGAAUCUCCCAGUCGAGAUAACAACAGUCCAUCCAGGAGCCUCAGCAGGUCACGAAGUAAAUCUGGAUCAAAGUCCAGACACAGAACAAGGUCCAUGUCCUACAGUCACUCCAGAAGUCGAUCCAGAAGUUCUACCUACUCAUAUAGGUCGAGAAGCUACACGAGGAGCAGGAGCAGAGGAUGGUACAGUAGAGAUCGGUCCAGGAGUCGAAGCAGUUCCUACCACAGCUACAAGAGUCGUAGUCGAACCUACAGCAGAAGCAGAUCCAGAAGUAGUUCUUACGGUCAUCACAGUCGAUCCAGUAGGUCCUACACAUAUGACAGUUACUACAGCAGGAGCAGAAGUAGAAGUAAAAGGAGUGACAGUUACAGAAGAUCUAGAAGCUACGACAGACGGUCCAGGUCUUAUGGCUCAGACAGCGAAAGCGAUCGCAGCUCCUCCAACCAUCGAAGCCCCAGUGAAAGCAGCAGAUACAGCUGA